UGGCAGGCUGGCAGCCUCAGUCAGCCGGUGCUCGCCUCCAUCGUCAGCUGUCCUCACCCACCACCUCAAGUAAAGACAACCCAUCACCAUGUUCUCCAGACUCGCCAGGCCCCAGAUUUCUCUCCUCGGACAGUGUGCCAAGAACUUCUCCACGACAAAUGCGGCACAAAGAAAGGUUGCAGUUAUGGGGGCCAGUGGAGGGAUUGGCCAGCCUCUCUCCAUGCUGCUGAAGAACUCCUCCCUGGUGACUCAACUCUCACUGUAUGAUAUUGUGCACACACCAGGUGUGGCUGCUGACCUCUCCCACAUCGAAUCCCCAGCCAAAGUCACUGGCUUUGUAGGCCCAGACCAGCUGGCUGACUCCCUGAAGGGUUGUGAGGUGGUGGUGAUCCCUGCUGGAGUGCCCCGCAAGCCUGGCAUGACCCGAGAUGACCUGUUCAACACUAAUGCUUCCAUCGUUGCCAACCUGGCCAAGGCCUGUGCUGAGAACUGCCCCAAUGCCAUGAUCUGCAUUAUCUCCAACCCAGUAAACAGCACAGUGCCCAUUGCAGCUGAAAUGUACAAGAAGGCUGGUGUGGACAGCAGCCGCAUCUUUGGUGUGACCACACUAGACAUCGUGCGAGCAAACACCUUUGUGGCAGAACUCAAGGGUCUCGAUCCUACCAAAGUGAAUGUCCCCGUGAUUGGAGGUCAUGCUGGAAUCACCAUCAUUCCUCUCAUCUCUCAAGCCACACCCUCUGUUGAGUUCCCGGCAGAUCAGCUUAAGGCACUCACUGAGAGGAUCCAGGAUGCUGGCACUGAGGUGGUGAAGGCCAAGGCUGGAGCAGGAUCUGCCACUCUCUCCAUGGCCUAUGCUGGUGCCAGAUUUGCCUUCUCAAUGAUCCGUGCUCUUAACGGGGAGGCUGGUGUAGUGGAGUGUGCUUAUGUCAGAUCCAACAUAACAGAGGCCACCUAUUUCUCAACCCCUAUCCUCUUGGGUCCCAAUGGCAUGGAGAAGAACCUUGGCUUGGGCAAACUGUCUGAUUUUGAAUCCAAACUUGUUGAAGCUGCUCUCCCAGAACUGAAGGGCAGCAUCAAGAAAGGAGAGAGUUUUGCGGCCAACAUGUAAAGUUCCACUGAGGACCAGGUCUUUUUGAUGACGUUUGAUUACACAGUUGAGGCAAUGAGGAAUGCAGAUGUGAUUUGUUACAUUUUGACACCACUUGCUGUAUCAAUAUUUAACUUUGUUGAAUUUGAUCAAAUGUGGGUGGAAAUUAAAAUAUAGGUAUUGGUAAGAAAACAUCUACUCAGUCAGGAAGUUUUGCUUUAUACCAGUGUCAAAAUGAUUUGAAAAGGAAACUGUAUAUAGAAUUGUUCUAGAUUAUUAAUAAAUAAUAAAUACCA